AUGGGGAUGGACAUCGUAGGCCCUAUUCAUCCUCCAUCAUCCAAAGGACAUAGCUAUAUCUUGGCUGCAACUGACUAUUUUUCUAAGUGGGCAGAAGCUAUCCCUCUAAAAGAGACACGAGGUGUAAAUGUGGUCAAUUUUGUUCGUACUCAUUUAAUAUAUCGAUUUGGCAUACCAUCUAGAAUUAUAUCUGACAAUGGAACUCCAUUCAAAAAUCAGGAUAUGCAGAGACUUUCUGCCAAUGGUCAAGCCGAGGCAUUCAAUAAGACAUUAUGCAAAUUACUGCUGAAAGUGGUCUCCCAUAAUAAACGAGAAUGGCAUGAGCGGCUUAUGGAGAGUUUAUGGGCAUAUCGUACUACUAUUCGAACACCUACAAGCUCAACAUCUUAUGCAUUGGUCUUCGGAGGUGAGGCCGUACUUCCACUUGAAGUACAGAUCUCAUCUUAUAGAGUUGCAAUCCAUGAAGGACUUUCAGAGGAUGAAGCACUAAAGGCUCGACUAGAAGAAUUGGAUGGUUUAGAGGAUAAGCGCUUAAGAGCAAAACAAAUUUCGAAGAUAUAUCAGGCUUGUAUUUCACGAGCUUUUGAUAAAAAAAGUUCAUCAUAG